CUUGGGGGGCGGGCCAAAGGAGGCCGGGAGUCCGCGGCGGUUAAUUCCUUUUAUCGAGCGGCUUUACUUCCCUCUGCUUGGGCUUCUUUGAGGCUGCGAGAAAUGGUCAGGUCCGGAUCUCGAUCGGGCCAGGUGUUGUCUUCAGGAAAACACCAUGGACCUGCUAAAUUAACAAAUGGAAAGAAAGGGACCAAUUUAAGAAAGAUAUCACGUUUUAAUGCAGAUUCUGGCCAUGCUAUCCAUUCUGAUUCAGAAAGUCAGACUGAAACUGUACAAGGGCUUGAUGGUUGUGCUUCUUUGCUGCGGGACAUUUUGAGAAAUGAAGAUUCAGGUUCAGAAACAGCAUGUUCAGAAAAUAGAUUUAAUCCCAGAUCCUUAGAAGGCAAAAGAUUUGGAGCUAAAAAGAAAGGACAUGAAAAACAUGUUCCUUCAGGAGUCCGGAAGGAAAUUUUAUCUUCAAAUAGUAAGAAACAUAUACCUAAUGAAGCUUCUGCUGGAAUUGAGAGAGGCUUAUCAGAUAUACCACAAAAUUGGUCUUUGCAAGAUCAUUAUAGAAUGUAUUCACCAAUAAUAUACCAAGCCCUGUGUGAGCAUGUGCAAACUCAAAUGUCACUGAUGAAUAACUUGGCUUCAAAGAACAACCCUAAUGGAAUUCCUGCUGUACCUUGCCACACCGUGUCUGAUUCUGAGUCUCAGGCAACUCUACAUUCUAGUUAUGGCUUAUCUACCUCCACCCCAGUCCAGUUACUUCAGCAUCCAUCCUGCCCUCCAGUGGUUCAUUCUGAGGUUCCGACUGAUAGGGACAACCAGUUUGCAUCACAAAGUAAAACAUUUUCUGUGAACUGUACUGAUGCCCUACGGAAUUCCUUCAGUACUGGUCUUGGAGUUCCAUGUAGCCUGCCCAAAACAGACAAACCAACUAUUCCGCCAUUUCGGCAGCUGGGUCUUAUUAAUGGAAUUCUGCCACAGCAAGGAGUUCCUAAGGAACCAGACCUACUGAAGUGCUUUCAAACAUGCAUGAAUCUGUUGCAUUCUCAUUCAGACAGUCAGACUUGCUGUAGCCCCACUCUGUUGCCAUCAACUUUCCUGUCCAAUAAUGGAGACAGAUGUGCCAAAGAACAAAUUGGAGAAGUCACAGGUGAAGGAAAGGAUUUAAACAUACACAUGCGAGAUUCAAGAAUAAAGGAUGUGCAGAAGGCAAAAAAUGUGAACCAGAGUGCUGAAAAAGCCAGAACUAUAAAGUAUCUGUUGGGAGAACUCAAGGCCCUGCUUGCAGAGCAAGAGGAUUCAGAAAUUCAGAGGUUGAUUACAGAAUUGGAGACGUGUAUAUCUCUGCUUCCCGCGCUAAAUGGAAACACAAAUAUUCAAGUUGAAAUAGCACUGGCCAUGCAGCCACUAAGAAGUGAGAAUGCUCAGUUACGCAGGCAAUUGAGAAUUUUGAACCAGCAACUUAGAGAACAAGGAAAAACCCAAAAGGCAACUGGUGCUCUGGAAUGCAACCUUGAAUUGUUUUCCCUUCAGUCAUUGAACAAGUCCCUGCAAAACCAAUUACAAGAGUCACUGAAGAGCCAGGAAUUACUACAGAGUAAAAAUGAGGAACUUUUAAAAGUGAUUGAAAAUCAGAAAGAUGAAAACAAAAAAUUUGCUGGUAUAUUUAAAGAGAAAGAUCAGACUUUACUUGAAAAUAAACAACAAUUUGACAUUGAGACAACAAGAAUAAAAAUUGAAUUGGAGGAAGCCUUAGUCAAUGUGAAAAGCUCCCGGUUUAAGUUAGAAGCUUCUGAAAAGGAAAAUCAAAUUUUGGGAAUAACAUUACGUCAGCGCAAUGCUGAGGUGGCUCGCCUGAGAGAAUUAACCAGAACUUUACAGAGCAGUAUGGCAAGGCUUCUUUCAGAUCUUAGUAUGGACAGUGCUCGCUCCAAGUCCGGGAACAAUCUUACAAAAUCACUUCUGAACAUUUAUGAAAAACAACCUCAACAUGACCCAAUCCCUGCUCAUAGUUCCAUAAUGAGCUACCUAAAUAAGUUAGAAACAGAUCACACUUUUACACAUUCGGAGCCACUUUCUGCCGUCAACGAUGAGGAGGAGAACAUGGAGCCAGAUAGACCUUAUGAAAGCGUUCUGCGCUCCAAAGGCCCUCAGCAUAGUCACACAAGGAACGCGGAGGAAGAAGCAGCCCCUGGGAACGUGUCUCCCCUUUCAAAAGAGGAUACUGUUGAGGAGAGUGAAAUCACAACUCUAAUAGACCAUGAGUGUACUCUGGAUAAUACAAUUUAUAUUCCAUUUGCUAGAAGCACUUCUAAAAAGAAAUCACCGCUAUCUACGAGAUUAUCCCCCCAGCCACAGAUCACUGUGGCUUCGCCACAGCUGGUCGGCAACAGCGGACUUGCCUCUGAAAAAGAAAACAAAUUGCGUGCACCUAGAGUCUCUUCCUCUUCCAGAAAGGAAGCCGAAGAUGCACCUGAGAAACUAACUGGGACAGCUGAUAUGGAAGACAAGCAGCUCCUCAAGAAAAUAAAGGAAGCCAUCUGCAAGAUCCCGGCUGCCCCCGAGGAGCCGCCAGGACUGGCUGUGUGUCCCCGCUCCGCCACCGGUCAGAGCAGCAGUGUUCAAGUGAGGGGGAGUGCUGUCUCCGACGGUAGCUUUUUAAAUUCGGACUUGACAUCCGACUGGAGCAUGUCUUCUUUUUCAACAUUCACUUCUCGCGAUGAGCAAGAUUUCCGGAACGGCCUGGCAGCCCUGGAUGCUAAUAUUGCCAGACUCCAGAAGUCCUUAAGGAUGGGUCUCCUGGAGAAAUGAACUCAGAAGAAAAAGGGAUGGAGUGCUUCUUUUUAAGAAUAGACCUUGGCUACAUUGACUGUAUAUUUUAAAUUCUGU